UCCGCCCCGAGGGCUGCGCCGGGAGCGCGGCGGGGAGCGCACGGCGGGGCGCGGGGCCGGCGCCCCCAGCCCGGCGGAGAUGAGCCCCCUCCCCGCGGGCAACGGCAGCGCCUGGGGGGGCUCCGGCAACUGCAGCGGGGCCGGCAGCCUGGGCCGGCAGUGGGUGCUGGGGGCCGCCCUCAGCCUCACCGUCCUGGUCAUCGUGGCUGGCAACUUGCUGGUGAUCGUGGCCAUCGCCAAGACGCCGCGGCUGCAGACCAUGACCAACGUCUUCAUCACCUCGCUGGCGUGCGCCGACCUCAUCAUGGGCCUGCUGGUGGUGCCGCCGGGGGCCACCAUCCUGCUGAGCGGGCACUGGCCCUACGGCGCGACGGUGUGCGAGCUGUGGACGUCGCUGGACGUGCUGUGUGUCACGGCCAGCAUCGAGACGCUGUGCGCCAUCGCCGUGGAUCGCUACCUCGCCAUCACCUCGCCGCUGCAGUACGAGGCGCUGGUCACCAAGGGCCGGGCGCGGGCCGUGGUGUGCCUGGUGUGGGCCAUCUCCGCCUUCAUCUCCUUCCUGCCCAUCAUGAACCACUGGUGGCGGGACGGGGCGGACGAGCAGGCGGCGCGCUGCUACGACGACCCGCGCUGCUGCGACUUCGUCACCAACAUGACCUACGCCAUCAUCUCCUCCACCAUCUCCUUCUACGUGCCCCUGCUCAUCAUGAUCUUCGUCUACGUCCGGGUCUUCGCCGUGGCCACGCGGCACGUCCAGCUCAUCGGCAAGGACAAGGUGAGGUUCCUGCAGGAGCCCCCCAGCCCCACGUCCCGGAGCAGCCGGAGGAGGCGGCCGUCCCGCCUGCUGGCCAUCAAGGAGCACAAGGCGCUCAAGACCCUGGGCAUCAUCAUGGGCACCUUCACUCUCUGCUGGCUGCCCUUCUUCGUGGCCAACAUCAUCAAGGUCUUCUGCCGGCCGCUGGUGCCGGACCAGCUCUUCCUCUUCCUCAACUGGCUGGGCUACAUCAACUCAGCCUUCAACCCCAUCAUCUACUGCCGCAGCCCCGACUUCAGGAGCGCCUUCCGCAAGCUGCUGUGCUGCCCGCGCCGCGCCGACCGCCGGCUCCACGCCGUCCAGCAGGACCUGCAGCGCUGCCCCUGCGCCUUCAGCCCCCGCGGGGGCCCCCCAGAGGACAGCAAGGCGGCCCUCGGGUGCCCCGGGGAGGACGGGGAGGGUCGGGGCAGCGGCAGCCGGACAGAGGAGACGUCCUCAGCCCAGGGCAGUGGCCACCGGCAGCGGCCGCUGGGCGAGUCCCGGCUGCAGGGCACCCAGACCACGCUGUGCUCGCAGCUUGAUGAGUUUGCCGGCAGAGACACACCCGCGGGUCCGUCCGUCUGACCGGGAGCAGCCGAGAGCCGGGAGGAGAGGCUGGGGACGGAGAAGCAGCACCAGGGGUGACGGUGCUGGAAGGACCCUCCGGUGCAUGCACUGACCUGGAGAGGAGGGGGAUCUUCCUUGGGAAUGCUGCUGGUUUCGGGACAGCACUGGCUCCUCUGGGCCAUUGGUGCUGGAGACCUAGAGCUGGGGAAAAGCUCUGGAGCCGCUUGCCCAGGGACAGCACAGCCUUGGGGAUGUGUGGACAGGGGACAAGCUCCCACCUGGAGUGUUCCUGGCAUGGCUGGCAGUGGGACAUGGACACUGACAGUGGGAUGUGGAGACUGGCAGUGGGAUGUGGACACUGACAGUGGGAUGUGGACACUGACAGUGGGAUGUGGAGACUGGCAGUGGGAUGUGGACGCUGGCAGUGGGAUGUGGAGACUGGCAGCUCUGCUCUCUUGAAGGAUGAAUGGCCCAGUCGCCCUGGGCUCGGCCAGCUUCAGACAGUCCAUCUGGAAGGGAGGAAAGCCUCCUGCAUGCACAAGCCCUUCCAAGGAUUUCCAUCCCUGCCCUAGCUGCUGCAUUCCAGGGCUGGGUGCGAUCCCGGGAGCCGAAGCGAUGCCUUAGGCAGAGGAAGGGCUCGGGGGAGUGAGGGGAGCUCUGAGCACAAAGGACUUCCCAAACCAGGGAAUUAUGACCUCGUCAGGUCUCCUCCAGUUCCUCCCUCUCAUUUGGGGCAGGUGUCCCUGUCUGUGCUGCUUGGGGAUGGGACGGGAGAUGGAUUCUUGUCCCACACGUGCACAGACGUGCCCUGCCCACCCCACGUGAGUUGGUGUAAAUAAGUCACAGUGACUGUACAGGUUUUGUCCUGGUUUGUCUCCCCCCUGCUGUGUGAAAUAAACCUGUGAAUCUCUGCGAUGCCUCCAAGUCCAUCCCAAGCAGAGGGGUGCUGCUCCAUGUGCUCCUGGGGGGCUGCCUGAGGCUCAGGGGGUGCAUCCCCCUUUCCAGGGGCUGUGCCUGGCAGAGAAAAGCCAGGCCCUAGGAGUGCCAUGAUGCCAGCCCCCAGCCCUGCCACACGUCCUCACACCCUGAAAGGGCAGGCAGAGCUGACAGAGGUGCCCAGUGCCACCUCCUGGUGCCAGGGAAAUCUCAGCUUCUGCACGGGAACCAGGGUGCCACAGGGUCUGCCCUGCUGGGAUCCUCUCCUGGUGUGUUUUGCUUUUAACACCCUGCAAGGAUGAAAU